AUGACAGAACUCAGCGAGUCGCCUGUUCUCUCGCAGUGUGCUGUCUACGCCGAUAUGUUUGGGUUCCGGCACACGAUGAAAAUCGCUCACCAGGAUGAGACCAAGAUCACGCGGACGCGAUCACGGCUGUAUGCAUUAAUUCUGAGUGUACUUGGGCCAGCCCAACUGGCCAAGCUAUACCCGUAUCUUCAAACCCGGCUGGAACGGCUUUUGGACAAAGAACUGUCCCCGGCGCAGAUGCAUGCCGAUGGCUCCUUGUGUUUACCACUCGCUGAGACAUGCCGUGUCAUGGCUUCGCGAAUGAUGGGCUUGAUGUUCUUUGGGGAGGAGUUGACAUCCAAUCCUGCCUUUAGCAAGGCCGUAUAUGACCAUCCUCAGCAGACCGUCAGAUGUAUGGCACUCUUCCAGCUGAUGCCGCGCGUCAUAUCCCCGCUCAUACACACCAUCGUAACCCGCCGCGGCGCAGCCAUGAAGCUGAUUCUAAAUCUCUUCAUGCCUAUAAUCGACAGCGAAACCAAGAAUUGGACUGAGCCAGCCGGCCUGAAAGAGCUCACACUCCUCGACAUCUUCACCAAGGAAACCCAAGCCACCCGCGACUACUGGAGCCCCGAGACCCUCACACAAGCCCUGAUGGGCCUUCUCCUCGCGGCCUCGCACCAGCCAUGGGAGAUCCUGCACGAGGAGAUUCGCACGGCACAGGAAACCCAACCCCUUGACUAUCAGCGGCUGACCCAGCUGCCUCUUCUGGAUAGCUUUAUGCGCGAAACCGCGCGCCUGGUCUUGUUGGAUAAAUGGAACAUUCGCCGCAAGGCCUUAAAAGACUAUACCUUUACUGACGGGACGCCUCAUGUUCCUGUCGGUGCCACCAUCUGCGUCUCCUCCUACAACGUCUCGCACGACCCUGCCACAUACCCCGACCCGGAGACUUUUGAUGGUCGACGCUUCGUGGACGGGAACCAUAAGGAUUCCACGCAUCGGUACGCCGAUGUGUCUGAGCACUAUCUGAUCUGGGGGUAUGGAUCUCUGGCGUGCCCCGGCCGCUUCCACGCUACCCUCAUCUUGAAACUAGCUCUGGUCAACAUACUCCUCCGGUACCACAUCCGGCUCGAGGACCCGAAGAUGCAGAGCCAUUGGAUGUACGAAGCGUUCAGCAUGCCGUAUGAGUCAACCAAAGUAAUCUUCACACCGCGGGGGACAGCAGAGAGGUGCAACAAAUGA